UAUUUAUAAAAAGGAAACAUGUCUGCUACGCCAAGGUGCUGCCGGUUGUGUGGGCAGAGCAUAUGGACGCCACCUACCCCUUCUGGCUGGGAAAAGAUGGUCAACGUCUUAAAAGGGGUGCUAAUAGAAUGCGACCCCACCACGAACCAGUUCCUGUUCUACCUGGAUGAGUCCAACGCCCUGGGCAAGAUGUUCAUUAUCCAGGACCUUGAUAACACGCACGCCUUGCACGUCUUAGUCAUCGCCGAGCUGGUGGGUGUCCUGCAGGAGCGCGUGGGCGAGCUCAUGGACCAGAACGCCUUCUGGCUCACCCAGAAGUGAGCCACCCUGUGUCCUGGGGGGCUGGCGGGGUCAGUCACGUGUAAGCCACUGUGG